AUGACAACUGAGAGAACGCCUAAUAACGACGAACAAUCUACUUUACUGGCGUUCUCCGAUGUUAUUCCCUCAAUUACUCCAGAAGAAAGUCCGCAUGAUUUGGAACCCGAAACCGAAUCACCUAAAAUUUUGCAAGAGACUUUAAAUGCAAACCCUUCAUUAGUUUUAGAAAAUUCCAUAAAAAUAAUUUCUGAAAAUUUCACAUGGAGAACUUUUUCGGAAAAAAUGGAACCCGCCUUUAAAGCUUUUAGAGCAAUUUUUUCAAAAAUACCGCCGAUUCAUUUAAUUCUGUAUCUACUUACAAUCUUUACUUGGAAUCAUUUACAAAGAUCACACUUAAUAUUAUUAGUACUUGGAUGCUUACUUGGUUACAUGCUUCAGAAUAAUUCGGCUGCAUAUAGCCGGCAAAAAAAUUUCUUGUACCAAGAACCGUAUAUACAGCAAGAUAUAGAGAGUUCCUUGCAGGCUAUCAAGAGUGCCGAAAAAGUAACUUCAACAGAACUUUCGAUAACGCCUCGAGUAGACGAGGCACUAAAUAAGACAUUUGAUUUUAUUCUUCGAGAUUUAGUUAAUUCUUUUUAUGACCCGAUAAAUCCAAAUAAAAAUCCAGAAUUUUCCAACCAAGUACGAAAUGCUAUGAAUAUAAUGUCAAUGAACUUGGCUUUGUGCCUUGAGAACAUAGAUAAAGUAGAAAUAGGCAUUAUGUCAAGCUUUGCAAUUGCAAACACAUUUAUUAUCCAUCUGCGCGAAUAUAGAAAGUUUAUUGCAACUAAUAAAUCUUUAGAAGUUUAUUGCGUGCAAAAUCAAUCUUCACCAUUUGUAUAUACUAUAAACAAAGAAUCUCAAGUACAGACUCUUUGUUGCUUGUCAAAAUUAAUAUUGAUACGUCUUUUACCUUCAGAUGAAAUUAAAAGUCAUAUUCUGAUGGCAUUUCUUACUGAACUAUGGACAACGCAAGUUUUGGGAACUGCGCUUGAAAUGGUGUGUGACCCAGAUUGGUUAAAUCGGACUAUUGUUGAGUAUUUGACAGAUAAAGAUGAUGAAACUCAUGAUACCACCUUACUUCAACAACUAGCAACUUCAAUUGAUGAGGAAGUUGCUGGUCUAUCCAACCAAUUAAACCAACCUUCCUCUGAUAUCAAAGUACCAGUGUUGAACGUUCAAUCAAAAACAUCAUCACCUAUAUCAUAUCAGUCAAAUUCGUCACUUGACGCUAGCAUUGAAGCGUUCAAGGGGCAAAAAAAUUCAUUAGUCGAGUCUCUUACGGAGAUUCCUUCAGACACUACAAUUAAGUCUUCCUCUGAUAACAAAGUAUCGGUAUUGAAUGUUCAAUCGAUAACAUCGUCACCUAUAUCAUAUCAAUCAAAUUCGUCACUUGAUGCUAGCAUUGAAACUUUCAAAGAGCAAAAAAAUUCAUCAGUUGAGUCUCCCUCAGAGAUUCCUUCAAGCACUACAAUUCAGUCUUCCUCUGAUAGCCAAUCACAAGAGCAAAACAAUUCAUUAGUUGAGUCAAUUAUAGAGAUUCCUUCAUGUGCUACAAGCCAAUCUUCCGCUGAUGACAAAGAACCAAUGUUGAACGAUCAAUCACUACUAUCAUCACCUCAAUCAUCACAAACAAAUUUACUUGAUUCUAAUCCUGAAACUUUUAAAGAGCAAAAAAGCUCAAUUGAAAUACCUACAGAAACCCUUCCGAAUGUUACAAUUGAAGAUUUCACCGACUCCCCAAAUUACUCUCCAUCUCGACCGUUCAUGCGUUCUGUGAAUUCAGAUAAGUUACGAAUUAUUCUUGAACGUCAGAAUGAAGUUUUUGUUGAAUUUAUGGCAUUUUUGGAAGAACGCAAAGCCGCAAAUUUACUUCGAUUUUGGCUCCAAGUUGACUCUUUCAGAAAAAUUGCAUCCGAUGAACCAAAUAUAAAUUUGGUACAAGAAGAUGCAUUGAAAAUUUUUAAUACUUAUUUUGGAGAUUCUGCUACGUACCCUGUAAAAAUAUCGAUCGAAAUGAUAAUCAACCAAUGUACACGAGAGAUAUAUAAUGCACCUACAUGUAAUUGCUUUGUAACUUUGCAAGAAUAUAUCUUUGGUGUGUUGGAAAGUGAAUAUUUUGAUGACUUUCUUCUGGUUAUGGAAACCCAAGGUGAAGAUAUAAAUUUUAUGUUUGUAGAGGAAUCUAAACAGAUAGCACAAUCGAACAAUGAUUCUAGAUCUGCUUCGGAAAUAUCAAUAGAGGGAAAAUUUUUUAAACGACAUAAUACAACGGGUAGCUUAUCCCCUAUUUCAAACAACUCGGAAUGCUUGGAUUAUUCAUCAAGCUAUGAUAAACAAUCGAACGGUUUGUUGGCAAGCGCAACAUAUCGUUCCAGAUCAUAUUCAGCUGGAAGCUUGGUUGAUGCAUUGAAUAAUUUUACAUCUUCACUUAGGAAGAGAAAUUCUUAUGCAUCUACAGAUGAAAUGACUGAUAGUGAUUCUGAAUCACCCCCAAUAAUACCUAAGAUUGAUCUUAACGGAGUGAGAAUUAGGUUGACGGAUGUGUCUGAAUCAUCACCAAAAAAGUAUAUUUACUCAACAAAGUCUCUUUCUUAUAUGAUAGAGGUAGAACGACCUGGUUCCACUGGAUGGAUAAUAACGCGAAAUUUUAGUGACUUUGAGAAAAUGCAUUCCACUUUAACAAAAGAUUUUCCUAAAGCCGAGAAAGUCGUUAUGCCACGCUUAAUGUUAAAAAAAAGCCAAACAGCCUGUAAGUCUUUAGAACGAUAUUUGAACAUUUUAUUGAGUGACUUAACAUUAUGUGAGAGUGAACCACUUCAAAAAUUUAUGAGGAGAGAUGGUAUUCAAAAUGAAGGAUUGGCGAAGUCCGUUGAUAAAAAUGGUAUUGUAAAUUCAACAGUAACGGUUCCAAAAUCUAUAUCAAUGGUCAAUAUUGUAAAUUCUGGUACGCAAGAUGCUAUUAAUGAUAAAGUAAAUAUUCCAAAACAAGUUGGUUCAGAGGUGUCUUUAUCACCGAAAAGGAACAGUUCUCUUCAUGAACAUUUAAAUAUUUCUCAAAAUAUACUUACAGAAGUGAUCCAAGAAAUGUCUGAGGAAGCCUCUAUCAAGGAUACGUCUACUCAAAUGUUUUCUAAUGUCGUGAGUCCUAGUGUUGAAAGCACCCUUUCAACAUCUUGGGAUUCCAGCAAGGCCGUUGUAACAACAUCAUCCAAUGAAAAUGACACUUCUAAUAUUAUAAGUAAUAAUAUAAAGCCCAAUAAAGAGCCUAUUUUGGAAGGGCUUAAUACCCAUUGUAAUGUUAGUGCAUCAAACUCUUUAAAAUCAUCCCAAAUUCCCUUAAUUGGACCACCACCAACUCCUAAAAAAAGAACUCGGCCGAAUAAGCAAAUUACCGGUCAUAAUGCAGACCUGCUUAUUGAUACUAUGUUUGCUAUGAUUGAAGAAAUAUUUGAUUUAUCAGAUAAAUCUCAAUGGCAUAUUAGAAAAACAGUUCUUUCUGUUUUACGAGGAGUUGUGCGGAAAUCAUAUACAGAAGCAAUCAAACAGUCAUAUUUAUUGACGAUCAAUUCACUUUUCACUGAAGAAUAUGCGGUGUCAAUUAUUGAUAAUUUAAACAAUUCGCUUUGGCCGGAUGGCAUCUUAGCGGAUAUAACUCAGCAACGAAGUGAAGAAGAAAAGUUGCAAACCAAAGAGGAGGUUAAGCGAUUACUUUUACAAAAAGUUAUACCUGAUUCGUUAAAACAGGUAAUGGGCCAUGAAAAUUCUAAAAUUAUGAUUGGAAGGUUGGUUGAUGGAUUUUUGGCAGAGAAAGAAGUAUUAAGAGGAAUGGGUAUUAAUAUUUUAGAAAGUGUUGUUAAACUUAUUAUAAAUGACUGA